ACAUAUUCUAUGAUUUUUAUACGCGUGCAAGCAUUAUUAAGGAAAGAAUUAUAAAUAUGAAACAAGUACAAAUUUGAUCUUUUCUGUGAAAGAUAAAAGAUAAGAAGUCAUGGUAAAUGUCACGAAAGGAAUUUUAGUCGAAUGUGAUGCUGCUAUGAAGCAAUUUCUUUUACAUUUAGAUGAAACAUUUGCUUUGGGACGAAAAUUUAUUAUUCAAGAUUUAGAUGAAAGACAUUUGUUUAUUUCUGCUGAUAUCUUGGAUACCUUACAGACAAAAGUAGAUGAUCUUAUGGAUCAAAUAUCAUUUCCUUUAGCAGAGAAAGGAAUAUAAAUAUCAAAAAAUAUUUUUCUUUACAAUAUAUCAUAAAAUAGUUUAAGAGAUUAUAUAUUCAUUGUAAAUCAAAAAUGGCUGCACGUGAAUCUGGUAGAAUAAAAGAUGCUUAUCAAAAAAGAGUGCUUGAUGAAGCUGCUCGUAAACGCAGACAAAAAAAAGCAUUGGAAGCUUUGGAACAAGAUAAUUUUCAUGAUGAUCCGCAUGCUGAUUUAGUAAUGAGUAAAAAAGUUCCAAAAUUUCAAGAAACUUUAGACAAUAGAGGUGGUAGAAGAAAAAAAACCAGAUCAGCAGAAUAUUAUAAGCAACGAUUUCGUAAAACAUUUGCUCAAUUAGUAGAAGAAGA